GUCGCGUGCGGAGGGAGAAGGGAGCUGCAGUGGAAAAGCAAAGAGCAAGGAUGAUAAAGGUCCUGAUAUGUGUUGUUGUAGCCUUCCUGCAAACAGAAGGCAGGCAACGGGCGACGUCGGACAGCGGCAAUUUUCUGGAUGAUAAACAAUGGCUGACUACUAUCUCGCAGUAUGACAAGGAGCCGGGACACUGGAAUAAAUUCCGAGACGAUGAUUAUUUCAGGAGCUGGAACACUGACAGACAUUCGGAUCCAGGGCUCGAUUCUACGAAAGAUCCAUGCCUAAACGUGAAAUGCAGUAGACACAAAGUAUGCAUCGCACAAGAUAACCAUAGAGUGGUCUGCAUUAGCCAUAGACGGCUAACACACAGCGUGAAAGAAACUGACUUGACCCACAAAUCACGGAAAGGAACAAAUUGCAAGCAGUGUCCAGUGGUUCAUCCUCACCCUGUAUGUGGAACAGAUGGCCAUGUCUACUCCUCUCUGUGCAAACUGGAAUAUCAAGCAUGUGUUUCAGGCAAGCAGAUCUCACUCAAAUGUGAUGGGAGGUGUCCUUGCUCCUCAGAUAAACCAUACAAUGAAGGAAAAGAUGAAAGGAAAGCAGAAUGCGGUGACAGGGAGUUCAGGGAAGUUGUGUCAAGACUUAAGGACUGGUUCAAAGUACUCCACGAAAAUGGUAAUCGCAACAAAAAAGCUCAUGGACUUCAGAGACAGGACAAGGACCGAAUUAAGCAAGCAGAACCAGCUGGUCAGCAGCAUGCAUUUGAAGGACGUCAGUCAACAGGGCGCCAACAAGAAACAAGCAUCAGGACAGAUACAUACACACUGCAACAAUUGUACAGUGAUGUGGAUAAGGAAGCGCACAUUGAAGGACAGAGUGCUAAUGUUGGAGGAUUUGACACCAGUAUUCUACCCAUUUGUAAGGACUCACUUGGAUGGAUGUUUAACAGACUGGACACAAACUAUGACCUGCUGCUUGAUCAGUCAGAACUGGGAAGCAUUUAUUUUGACAACCAUGAUCAGUGCAUGAAGCCAUUUUUCAAUUCAUGUGAUACAUACAGAGAUGGUCGCAUUUCCAACAAUGAGUGGUGCUACUGCUUUCAGAGAAAUCAAGAGCCACCCUGCCAGAUGGAACUAAACAAUAUUCAAAGACAACAACGAGGAAAGAAAUUGCUUGGAAUCUUUAUUCCGACUUGUGACGAAGAUGGUUAUUAUAAAGCAACCCAGUGUCACGGCAGUGUGGGACAGUGCUGGUGCGUUGACCGAUAUGGCAAUGAAAUGAGAGGUUCUAGGUCAAGUGGAUCACCAGAUUGUGUUGGUGAUAUAGAGAUUUCAGGUGACUUUGGCAGUGGUGACCUCCAUGAAUGGUCAGAUGAUGAGGAUGAUGGGGAAGUAACCAAUGAUGAGGAAGAGGAUGAUGAAGUUGACAAUGAAGACGAUGAAGAUGACGAUGAUGAAUAUGAUGUAGGAGGCUACAUAUGGUAGUCUGGAAAUGUCAUGAACUUUAAAAUUUGCACGUUUCUAUAGUGAAAUCUCAUCCGUUAUUAGACACAUUAAAAUGAACAAAGGAUAUUUCAGUCAACAUGUAUAUUUUGUACAAUUAUACCCUCAAAUAUGAAUCCUCCAGAAAUAGAUUCACAUCCUUUAAAAACUAUUGCAGUACAUGUUAACUCAGUAAUUUUUGAAAGCAUAAGUAAAAAAUUAUAAUCCAAACUAGUUAAAAGAAACAGUGCUAAAACACAUGUGAAAACCUCAACUAUUUUUGAAACUCAACUUCCUUUGAAUUGUGUUCUGUCAUUGUACAUGGUCACAUUGUGAUGCAGUAAACCUAGGCUCCUCCUCCACAAAUGGCCUGUGUACACUGUUCCUGGCAUUGAUCCCUGAAGCCACUAGUCACAGCUUUGAUUUGCUUUGUUUUCAGAAUGUCUUGGUUAUUCGGAUGGCAAAGACGAGAACAUGUAUAGCCAAACGAAUAAUUUGUCAGCAAUUAGUUAACUUUUGCAUAUGAACAUUAUUGUGGUGAAAUUUGCAGCAGUUGGAAUUUUUAGUCAGCAGUGGUUAUGGCAACAAACCAUUCUUGCCAUAUCUUAAAUAAAAUAUUAC